AUGAACGUCCGACGUUUGCCCGGUUUCAUGUACCACUACAGGAUGGUCACUCUCUUCCUGUUCUCCAUUUUCCUCCUCGUCAUCUACUUGCUUCUUCACUGGGGUAUCAUGUGCACGAAUCUCGAGGCUUGGCGACACGUAUCCAACGUGUGUAGCACGCACAGAAAAGGGACUGCAAUAGGAAUUCUGUGCGAGCCAUUGUGCGCCGAAAGAGGAAUUCACUCGCUCGCCUGCGAAACGCUCCAUGCAGGCAAAGAAGCUGUAUUUUCUGCCCAUUGGGAGACAACUCGACUAAUGUUCAAGGCGUCGAGAACGAAGGCCCAGUCGGAGCAGUUCGAAUCGCUAUUCUGGACAGAUAUAUCUGGCGCGAAGCACUACCCGUCUGAAACGGACUUCGGCACCAUGAUCAAAGAUCUAGUUAUUAGCAAACUAAACGUGACACUGUCGCAGCAUCAAUUAGAGAGGCUGAUGCGACUUCGUACGCAUCGGGUCGAGACCGAGUCGACGAGACGACAGCUCGAGAUGGAAAAUCUCUGGCCGUUGUUACAGGAGAACGAGUAUCUGAUGAGCAUCCUUUACGAGGACAGGGAUAUUUUUCCUCAGCUGAUUGGCACGUGCGGAACCUUCUACGCGGUCGAGUACGUCAGGCCCAUUGAAACACCCACGACGGUACUAGCGUUGUCCGAUUCGAAACCGGAAUGGGCAAAACGGCUGAAGCUGGCCGUGAUGAUCCUUGAUUUGCUCGAGGAACUCGACACCAACUUCCCCGAGCCGAUUCAUUUGUGCGACGUUAAGAUAAACCAUUUUGGUUUGCCCCUCGGCGGGCAGAAGCUGAAAUUCCUCGACCUAGAUGCCGUGUUUCCUAGAACGAUCAUCAACCGUAUCACGGCGGACAGGAAGAGCUGCGAGAAACACGAGGACUGCGACUUCUUCGACUGCAGGUCGUUUUGCUCGAAGAACAAGCGUUGCGAGUCCCCGGUCGCCAAUAAUAAUUUACAAAUCGUAUGCGAAAAGAUAUUCCUCGGCUGGACUCUUUCAGGGACUAUCAUCAUUCCUGGACUACUCAUGUCAGAGCACACCACCAGCACAUUGGCAGUACUUUUAAGGCAAUGUGCAAAUCCAGCUGGUGAUGUCGAACAUCUUCCACGUGCCGCGGUGUCGGAUAGUUUAAAAACUCGAUUAUACAAUAUGCUACACGAAAUGGAACAGGAAGUUGCUGCUUCCGUGUAAACCAGGCAUUGCACAUGAGAUUGCCCUACGGGCGCCCGAGCGCGUCAGAGACAAAGAUUUCUUAAUAAAUAAAUUUACAUGAUAAUUUUUGUUUUAAAUAAGAUAAAUAUUGUCCGAAUUGAAUAAGAAGCAAUUAUUUAAGUGAAAUUGCUAUUAAUUUUAUAGUCAUCCUUUAAGAAAACAACUCGAGUCUGGCCGCCUCGGGCGACCGUUUUAUUGUUUACUGUGCAUGCCUGGUGUAGAUAUUUCAAUUAGAGUACAAAGAAAUCGCGAAAAUCUAAUGUUAAAUUUUAAACAGCCAAAUUUAUUGGAAUCUUAUUACAGAAUGAUAUUAGUAGAUGGAAAUAUUAAGAACGAUUCACGAUUGUUUAUGAUUUUACUUCGAGAAAAAUUUGUAAUUCGUUUAAUGUACAGUACCGAACAUGGUAGACUUCCCCAGAGAAGCAUACUCUCCGCGUAGCCUACCCCAUAGGUGACUCCAAAGAGAAUGGCAAUGUACGGUAGGGGGAUUCCACAUAUAUAGGUCUGUGGCUCCCCACCACUUGUGUGCAAAUGUUUGCGCGGGAAACGUUUUUGCGGGAAAAACGAAUUAAAGUAUAUUAUUAUUUAGUUAUCGGAUCAAGUAUAGCGCAAAUGUUUCCCGAAUUUAUAUUUUAUAAAUUCGAAAAAAAACUCGAGAAUCGAGUAAACUUUGUACUGUAAAAAAAAAAUAACGAAAUAAACGACCAUUAGAGGCUAGUGAUAGCGAUAAGGAUAGGUAUUUGAAUCAAGUACGAUAUUAUCAAUAACGAGCACAAAAUACGAACUAUCUUAUAAUUAAUUAUAGCUUUAGCUGUAUAGUUUAAAUUUAAAACUUGAUACGCUUAAAUAGAAGUAAAAGGUACUAAGAUUAUUAUUUUUAGUAUUCAUGCGUUGAGACUAAGCAGAAAUCUAAUAACGUAUACCAAUUUAGUAAUUGUAUCAUUUAGUAGGUUUUAUUAAAUUUUGUCCUUGCCCUUUCUUUA